AUGGCCGUUCCUACCACGAUGAAAGAGUACCGAAUCGCGGACGGCUUGAACAAGCUUUCCUUAACCUCGUCCCCGGUCCCCCAGCUGAAAGCUACUGAGGUGCUCGUCAAGAUCCAUGCGGUGUCGUUGAACUAUCGCGACUUGCUGACGGUAGACGGAAAUUCCCUCUCCGCCACGAAGAAAUACAUCAUCCCCGGUUCCGACACGGCCGGGGAGAUCGUGGCCCUCGGCGCUGAAGUGGCCGGAUGGACUGCCGGUGAGCGUGUCUGCGCCAACUUCACCUCCGACCACAUCUUCGGCGAGGCGAACAACGUCAUCAUCAAAAGCGUCCUCAGUGGCGGCGUCGACGGCGUGCUGAUGGAGUAUAGGGCCCUGCCUGCGCAUUCCCUUGUGAGGAUCCCGGAGCACCUGAGCUACGAGGAGGGGUCGACGCUCCCCUGCGCUGCCGUCACCGCGUACAACUGUCUCAUGGGCUCGAGCCCGAUCAAGGGUGGCGACGUCGUGCUCGUCCAGGGCACUGGGGGCGUCUCCAUCUUCGGGCUCCAGCUCGCGGUCGCGUCGGGCGCGGUGGUGAUCGCAACCUCGUCGUCGGACGAGAAACUCAAGGUCGCGAAAACGUCGGGGGCCGUGCACCUCAUCAACUACAAGACGACGCCGGACUGGGACGCGGAGGUGAUGAAGGUCACGGGCGGAGAAGGUGUGAAGCACGCCAUCGACGUUGGGGGCAACGAUACCGUGCUGAAGUCGCUGAACUGCACUGCCUGGGGAGGGGUCGUGAAUCUGGUUGGGAUUUUAGGCAUAACGAUUGGCUCGCGCACACAGUUCGAAGACAUGAACCGGUUGAUCAGCGCCGCGAAAAUCAAGCCCCUCGUCGACAAGGUGUUCGACUUCGAGCACGUAGCGGAUGCUUACGAUCAUCCGCGCAGCCAGAAGCAUGUCGGGAAAGUGGUGAUCAAGGUGUCGGCCUGA